AUGACGGCUACCAACGCAAAGCCCGUGCGCCCCGACCUGCACGCCCUUAAGCAGGCCCUAGCCCACCACCAGACAUGCUCCGACGCCGCCGUACAAGCUCUCCAGGAGCUGCUGGGUGCUGCCGGCAAGCCUACCGCUGCCCAGGCCAAGGAGAAUCUUAAGCCGCGCCCGGGUCGGACACAGGAGCCAAAGACAACAGCGAGACCGCGGUCCAAAACGAAGACCAAAUCCGACGCCGACGCCGCUCCCGCCCUUGCUCCGCGCGAGAAAUUCCUCCUCGCCACCGAAGUCGUCAAUUCCUCUCUAAAGGCGCUCAGCGAUGCAUCAAAGCCCCAGCCGAAAUCCCACCCUCGGGCUGCUUCGGCCACGGCACAGACUCAGCGUUCGCGCACCACCUCCAAUACCUCGGACGCGAAACGGCCGCCUGCGCAAAGACCACUAUCGAACGAAUCUGCGAAAUCAUCUUCGCACUCAUCAGGAAAGUGCGGGGGAGCGCCCGCCAGUGUUGUUGCCGUCGCCGAAUGCGCGCGCCUGGCCUUUGCAUACUUGAGGACUUCGGAGGCAUGGAAGACUUCUGGGAAAGACAUGCCGGCAUUGCAGCUAGAAACUGGCAUGCUGUCGCUGAGACGGUUGGAAACCUAUCUGCGGCCGACGAAAGAGGCUUCUGGCAGUGGAAAAAAUGAGGGCGAGGAAGCGGAGAAGGAGACUCUGGCGAGCUUGCUGAACUUUGGACAGAUUGACAUGGCCAGUCCGGCUCUACAACUCGCCAUCAGUCACCAGCUAUACGUUUUCAAGAUUAUCUGCUCCAGCAAGCGCCCGUCAACCAUUGAGUCCGCUCGCGACUUCCUUCGGACUUCUUCUCCCUCGUCGCCUAUCAACAUUCUCCUGCAACUUGGCGACAGGCCCGGAAACAAAGAAAAGGCUGCGCGUCAGUUGGAAAGCUUCGCUCAGAUGCUCCUCUCCCUAUGCCCCAGCAUUUCAAGCUCUGAAGACUCUAGCGCUUGCGACAAGGCAUCAAGCCCUUCUCCUGAUGUUGCCUUCGAACUUCAGGCCCUAGCAUUCGACGCCCGGUCGAAGUGGUGGAAGCUUUCCGGCCAUCAGGGAGAUGCUCAAAAGGAACUCCUCGAACCCUUUUCGAAGUGUAUUGCAGCCUUUUCGAGACGAUCUAGCUCGCCACCGUCAGACAAAUACAGAGAUCGGAAUGUGUGCACGGUCAUGAGUUCGCUGGCACAGGCGGCUGAAUUGGGCGAAGUGGCUAUGAGUUGGAUCAAAAACCAAACAGCAUCCUCCAACGGCCGCGGGGCAAUUGAGGAACUUGAAGGUCACAUCGAUUCUGCUCUCAGGAGUUUGGAAGGAAGCUUGAAAGGGGACUCUGCCGAUCUGGACACUUUGUUGACGGAGGUCUCCAGCCUGAGAAGAGCAGCAAGCAAGACUUUGAUUGAGACUGAAGGCGAUCCAGAAUUCCAAGAGAAGUGCUUUUCCAUCAUCUCUGAAUGCACCCAUUUCCUGGCCAGGCACAGCGAGAGGCUCCAAAUUGCGUCGAAAGCUGUCAAAGGAUUCCUUGACUCUGUAACAGCAAGUUGCAAAGCCCUCAUAUCCUCGGAAUCAGUCAAUUGGGAUGCUUUGGACCGCACGCUAGAGGACUGUCGGUUCAUCCUGAACGAACUUGAGACUCCGUACCUGGAAAACCCCAAACAACGACAGCAGUUUUCGGUUAAUCUCGGGCGACCUUUUGUGAAAAUUUCCGGUCUAUACUGGUUGUUGUUCGCAUUCUUCAGGAAGAAAUCGCCUUCCAACGAAGCUCUGCUCCAGUCAAUACAGAAGUCUGUUGAGACCCUUCUCAACCGGCCGGAAGAAGACAAGAACUCAGGUCUCCUCCUCUUGAAGCUUGAAAAGUUUGCAGAAAUCCUUGAGGAGAUGCGCAAGUAUGAUGACGCAGAAGAAGCAUACAGCAACUCGAUCCGUACGCAGAUUGCCUCUGGUGCCCUCAAAGAAGCCGCGGAGAAGGCCUCGACUGGAUCGUUCCAGAAAGUGAUGCUGGAGGGCAGUCAGACGAAUUUUGAAACCCCCCUCCAUUUCGAUCAGGAAGGGCUUGAGCUGGCCGAACGAGCAAUACUCUUAGAAGUGCAGCUGGUUCUGUGCUGUGAGACGUACGCGAAGGAUAUCAUCGGCCAAGAGCUCUUCUCAGAGGCUGUUGCCUGCAACAUUGAAGCUGGAUCACCUCUUAACCUCGACGCGGGUCUCGGUCAAUAUCAGCAGCACUAUGCAGCAUCUCACAAGAUGAGCAUCGCUUUGCUGAAGUGCCCACCUUCGGUCGACGAGGUACAGGAGCCACUCCGCACCUGGCAAGAUAUCUUCGAUGGCGUCGAUUCAUGGACCCAGUUGGCGACCCGUGUCGACGCCUUUGAGGCUUGGAUGUCUCAACUUCAAAUGGUGUCCGACUUCUUGGGUAUGAAAGGCAUGGAUUUUCUGAGGGUACCAGUUCUGUCGACCAUGAGCAAAGCUAUGGAACUGCAGGAGCCUCCGGAUUGUGGCAAGUUGGUUCAGUCACUCGCUAGUCUGGGAGCGCAAUAUGUGCGCCUUGGAUACUCCGGCAAGGCCGGUACCGUCCUGGCCAAGGCCCAGGGUAUUUUAGAGACUAGGGACGUGCCAACAGAAGCUGUUUUGCAGUGGCAUCUAGCUUACGCAGAGUAUAUGCUGGUUCUUGGCAAUCUCGAAAAAUGUGGAGAAACAUUGUCUGCAGCACGCGACCUUGCCGAAAGCGAUCCAAUGAUCUCCUCAAUGGCGACACCGAAAGCAUCUUUCUCGACCAAGCUUCGGUAUAACAAGCUGCUUUCCGAGGCGUCCCAUGUCUACUCCCUUCUCUCCUUGAGCUCGGGCUAUCCUAGCGAGGCACUAGCAUAUGCCAAGCAAUGCGUGAACCUCAAUAGGAAGAUCUGGCUUACAGUGGAGAACCGUAAGCCAAGAAGCGACACGAAGGAUCCCACCAACCCUGAUGGCGAACUUGAAGAGGUCGCCAAUGGAAUGGCCAAAAUCUCCGUCCAGGGAGCCGUUGCUCCACCCACAAUGUCGAUGACCCACGGAGCGCUCACUGGAGCUGCAUUCUGGUCUUUUGUGCCCUCAAUAUUUCGCGGGCUUACUCAACUUGCCAGCGUAUUUGCUCAUCAGGGGAUGCUGCAGGAAGCUGUCUACUUUUCAGAGCAAGCCUCCAAAGUUGCGGCUGCCGUAGAAGCAGAUUCUUUCAUGGUCCAGAACCUCAGCAGUACUGCGGAGAUGUACCUUGAGAGCAACAGGGUGGACGAGGCCUUGCAAUGCUUGGAAAAAGCCAGUGCCAAUGCCGAGCAGCUCCCCUCGAGCAUCGACCUUGCGCGAUUCCAUACGACGGGUGCUCAACUCCGCCAACUAAUGGAAGAUGAUGACGACGCGGUGGAGAAAUAUGACAAGGCAAACAAGAUCAUCCAAGAUCUCUCGGACCCUGCGUUCAUCCAGAGCCUGGAGAAGCUGUCCAACGGGGAAGCUGAAAUCUCGACCAAGAUGUCCAACAUGAAGCUCGAGGAAGAGCCACCCAAAGGUCGCAGGGCCCCUGCAAAGACGGCAAGGGCUAAGAAGACAACGACCAGAACAGGGUCAAAGACUGCAACACGAAAGACUGCUGUCGUCGACAGCGUACCAGAGAUGCCGCAGAAGACAGCGCAUGCAUGCCCUGCGCUUGAAGGUAUUCAGGCGACCAUCAUCUGCCGUAAAGCGUCUUUGCUCCUUGCGAGGGAUCGUCUCGCAGAGGCUGUAGCUUUAAUCGAAGAAGCAGCAGAAUUGAAGCUCGGCCAAGAGGCAGCGGUUCAGCACCAGUCGACCCGCUUCCGGUCACUUAUGUCGGAGGCCAUGAGGGAGAUCGCAGCUGACUUCACAUUCAACGCACUCCCUGAAUCCACCAUCUCUUUCCCUGCCCUUUCCAGAGGCGAUCGAAAACUUUCUGAGCCGUCUCAGGCAAGACCCUCCUAUCUAUCCAUAGCAGAUACUCCCUCACCAGUUGUGCCUGUUGCAAAAAAGGGCGCGAGGGGCAAAAAGGCCCCCAAGGAAGAUUUUGCCGCCCUCCUCAAGAAGGCGCGAGACUGCAUUGCCGAGGUGCAAAGCCAAGCUGUUCACAUUUCAUCUACAUCAGCAGUGCAGCGUGUGUGUAGCAUGCUGAAUGAGGUUACCAUUCUCCUCUCCGCUACUACCCCCAAAGGUGUCAAGGGCUCUCUGCAUCCCUUAUACGCUGCGUACCUCACGGAGCUUCCGAAGACGAAUGCGUCCAAACUCGAGCAGGAAGCUAUUUCAAUUGAACAUCAAACGGUUAGCCGCGAAUCACUCAUGACCUGGCCGGGGGUCAUAGAUGAUCAGGAUACCCCCAUUAAGCUCACUGCUGCCGAAUUUCAAACCGAGUAUGUCAAUAUCAUCCCCCAAAGCUGGACGGCGGUUUCGCUGUCUCUCAAUGAAGCACGGGAUGAGCUCUAUAUCACGCGCUACGUGCCUUACCAAUCUCCUUUUAUCUUGAGGCUUCCAAUGGCUCGCCACAAUUCCCGCGAUAUUGAUGAAGAGAUUUUCGGUUUUGAGGAGGGCAGGGCUGAGCUCAAAGAAAUAAUCGACCUCUCAGACUUCAGCACGCGGAAUGUUCCGGACCUAAGCAAGAAAGGAGCUAAGACGGAAUGGUGGGCUGAGCGCGAGGCUCUCGAUGCUCGUCUGGGCGAUCUGCUUGCGAAUAUUGAGAACAUCUGGCUCGGUGGCUUCCGUGGAAUCUUCAAGAAGAAGGGCGACAGAGCUUCACUCAGCAGGUUCUCCAAAAACUUUGAGAACAUUUUGGACAGGCACCUUCCUAGUCGUCAAGGCAGGGGAACGAAGUCAAAGACGAGCCUGGACUGGAGAAUCCUGGAGCUGUUUGUGGGGUUGGGUAAUCCAGACGAUGGUGUGGAUCUGGAUGAGCCGCUCAUGGAUCUCGUCUACUUCGUGGUGGACAUUUUGCAAUUCAACGGCGAGAGGAACGCCUACGACGAGAUUGACUUCGAUUCAAUCAUCAUUGAGAUGCUGGACGCUUUGCGGGCCUUCCAUGAAGCAGCGGAGCCAACGUUGAAUCAGCACACCAUUCUGAUCUUGGACAAGAACCUCCAUGCCUUCCCCUGGGAGUCUCUGCCUUCUCUGCAAUCACUCUCCAUCUCGCGUCUUCCGUCCAUGUCCGCGCUCCGUGAGCGCCUGCUCACCGCACGCGCAAGCAAGCACAGCAGGACGCCUUCCUCUUCGGAAAACGAGGACGACGUAAGCGAUGACGUGCAACACCCGAGUGGCGGCCACCAUAUCGCCAUUGCCACUCUCACCGGUACGAGCGUGCUUAACCCCGGAGGCGACCUCACGCGCACCCAGGAGACACUCGCUCCACACGUCAAGGCUGCGCCUGGCAUGUGGCAUCACCUGAUCGACCGUGUACCGGACGAAUCAACGUUCGAGACAUCCCUCGUGAAGAAGGACGUCCUCCUCUACUUUGGUCACGGAAGCGGUGCCCAGUACGUCCGCGGCCGCACCAUCAAGAAACUACUCUGCAGCCGCCGCGGCGCCUCAUCCCGGUCUCCCUCUUCCCUCGGGCCAGACGAUGAGCAACACCAGCAACCAGGAGGGCAGCCACUGGCAACCUCGCUCCUGUUUGGCUGCAGCUCCGCGCACGUCACCGACAACGGCGCCUUCGAGCCCAGCGGCAUGCUGUGCGCCUACCUCACCGCCGGCGUGCCCGCCGUGCUCGGCAUGCUCUGGGACGUCACGGACAAGGACUGCGACCGCUUCGCUGUGGCGACUCUGCAAAAGUGGGGACUGUUCGAGCAAGACGAAGUGGAGAAGGAGGACGAGCACGAUGAAGCCGUGGCGCCGAAGACGCCGGCGCGGCGCAGAGCGGCAUCUGGCUCGAAGACGCCGAGUAAGAGCCGGAGCCGGAGUAGGGGCGCGUCGAAGAAGGAUGCCGGAGCCGCCGAGCGGAGGGGGCAGGGAGUGGAUGGGUCGUCGAAGAGGCAGAGGAUGGGCUUGGACGAGGCUGUGGCGAAGAGCAGGGGGGCGUGCUAUCUGCGCUAUUUGAACGGCGCGGCUGCCGUGGUGUAUGGGAUCCCGGUGUUUUUGGAGUAA